AUUUUAUUUACGGUAGAAUUAUUUGGUUUGGGAUCCAGCUAACCAGCUUGCAUGUUUCUUGAGACAGUGUAAACGUGAUGCAACAUUAGUGUGAAUAUUACCGUGCCUUUUUUCAAAUUUCUGAAGAGACAGCUUUAAAAAACAAUGCAGCCUUAAACGUUGUAUUCUUCGAAAACAUAUAAGAGGUUUUACGGUGCGGGUUUGAUUUUGGUUCGUCCAUCGGGAAUGCCACCAGUGAGUCCACGGAAAAUGCGAUCUGUUUUCCUUGAAGAGGGUAAAUUAGGUAAUCCCCCUACAGCCGCUGGUAAAUUACACAAAACAGAUCAUUUACAAAUUCACCGAGAAUUCUACAUUGAUGGCGGGACGGAGGUCCCUGUCAUUAGUCAAGACAGUGUUUUAGUUCAGGUGAAGGCAUGUGGCCUCACUAGACCAGCUUAUAAUGCCUUUCGGGAAGUUUCUCCUAGUUCAGACACCAUGAAGACCAGGCUGCCUGUUGGGUGUGAGGUUUCAGGGAUCAUUCAGAGUUGUGGUACAGAAGUUACUACUCUAAGGCCAGGAGAUACAGUUGUUGGAAUAAUCCCAAUGGAUUAUGGUCAAUCUGGUUGCUCAGAAUAUGUUGUUUUGAAUGAAUAUGAUGUUGUAAAAAAACCAACAAGUGUUAGCUAUGUGGAAGCAGCAGGAUGUAUUGGAGAUGCUGUCAAGGCAUACACUGCUCUUCACUAUUUAGGUCGUAUGUGUUCAGGAGAAACAGUGUUAGUAUUGAAUGGUGCCUCUCCAGCUGGUAGUGUUGCAAUCCAGCUUGCUAUGAUGGGUGGUGUUAAAGUCCUCACUACAGCUGCCUCAACUGAGGAACUUCUAUAUCUCCAGAGUUUUCAACCAAGUAUUGGUCACAUAAUUGAUAUGACGACACGUAGCAGUGCCUUAAGGGCUUCCUGCUUGGAGGAAACAGCUGGCCAUGGAGUUGAUUUGAUACUUGAUCUUGGGUGCAGUCAAUACCCAGUAGAUGGAUACGUGGAAAAUGAUAGAAUCCUACCCCCAAAGUAUGACGUAAUAUCAUGUUUGGCUGUUGGCGGUCGCUGGAUCACAUCACAGCCUGAUUUACAUUUGGAUCCGAACAACUCACGUCUUUUGUGGCUCAAGUGCGGCAGUGUUGGAUAUUUGAACGAACAUUCCUGGGUUCUCUCUCCUGCUCAGGCUGGUCGCUACCAGCACAUUCUUUUGGACAUUAUGGAAAAAUUGGCGGAUAGAUCAUUAAGGCCAAAUAUUCAUCACACCGUUAUGCUGGACGGUGUGCCCGAUGCAAUGAAAACUCUGGAUACCGUACGGGUUGGCAAAGUUGUCAUGGCCUCAUGAGCAAUUUGAAUAAACACAUUCUGGUCUCGUU